AUGAAAAAGGCUUCAUUUCUGGAGAACUGGCUUUCAACUAAUAAUCCUUCUCCAUUAUUUACAAAGAAAAAAGUCAUCAAGGAAAAUCAUAAACAAGAAAUUAAUUAUUUGAAAAGGCAUCCAACCACGGAGGGCAUCUUUCUCUCAGCAAGUACUAAUGGAAAACAAAUUCAUUUAUAUAAUAAUAAUCAUUGUGAGAGCCAUUUGGAUUUAGUUUCUCAUUAUUUACAUGAUGAUGAAAUUGGUGAUGUUUGUUGGGUUUCGGAGAAGUAUAUUGGAUUUCAUGAUUGUAAAGGAAGAAUUUUCAUCAUUUCAGUCAUGCAAUCCCGAGUAGAGACCAUGAUUGACCUAUUCCCAAAUUUCAAUGAAAUGUGUGAUGAUGAUGAAAACAUUGGAAUUAAUAGAAUGUACUCUUCUUUUGAACAUUUCACUUCGGAAAUAGGACAAAACUAUAUAGCUCUAAUUUGUAACGAAUUUAAAACUCUUCAAGUUUGGGAUGUGGAAACAAACUCUUGCGUUUGCACUGUAACAGAUGAAGAUGCAUUAUUUAUACAUAUCUGUCCAGUAUUUUCAUGCAACAAGUUUUUAAUAUUUCAAUGCAAUGGUUCUGUACUACUCUUAACUGUGGAAAGUGAGAGCAUUACUCUAGAUCCUGUUCAUAUAGAUCACAAUGGCAGGGAGAAUCUUUUUGAACAAGUAUGCGACCACACAAAUGGCUCUCUUUUUACUCGACAAAUAAUAUUUCAAGAUCAUGUAUUACUUGUCAUCAAGACAGCUCACUCAGUGAUGUUAUAUUCACUGUGGUCGAGCGAAACAAAUUCUAUUCAAUUGAAUUAUUUAUCGCAUGUGGAAAUUCUUGAUAAGACUAGUAUAAAUUCAAGAAACUUUGAUUUGCUCAGUAAUAAGGAAAAGGACGAAUUUCUAAUCAUUGUGCCAGAGGAUAAGGACUUGUGCGUCAUUCGAGUGUUCAAAACACCGUCCUUACGUCUCGAAAUGGUGAACUCUAUUAAGCUCAACAGAAAAGGUUCACCCAGUCUCCAGAAUUGUUUAUUAUUCAAUGCUGGUGAUAUCAUUAUUGCUUCUAGUAGUGCUGACUCUUCAAUUUUGAGAUGGGAAAUGAACGAUGAGACCAACCAUCUUCUUCACUAG